AUGUUUUCUGUACCAAAAUUACUGAAAUUAUCUCAUACAGUAAAAGUAGCCUUUAAUACUUUUAAUCUACCACAUAUUCCACUUCAAAGGAAUAAUUCAUGGAAACUAAAACAAACGUUAAAGUCAUUAAAAUCUUUAAACUUCGGUUUUGGUCAAAGAAAUAUUCAUAUUUUUAAUCCUUUACCUUACGAUAACGUUGAACCCUUAUUUACUGAACGAACUUUAAAUGAUUUGAUCGACAAUCAGAAUUGUCUUAUUGAAACUUUGAAUGAACUUAUUACUGAUACAGAAUUCGAAAAUGACGAGAUGUAUACGAUCAUUGCCAAAACGGCCCAAGUACCAGAGAAAGCACAAUUAUUUAAUUGUGCAUCACAAGCGUGGAAUAAUGAUUUCUUUUUACGAUGUUUGAACCCUAAUAAAACUGAAUUAGUUGGAACUAUUAAUGAAAAUAUCAAAAAAGAAUUUGGAAAGAUUGAUGAAUUUAAGAAACAUUUUAAAUAUAUGGCAUUAGGUUUAUUUGGUUCAGGUUGGACAUGGCUUGUAUUAACUGAAUUUAAUAUUCUUCGGGUAAUCAAUACUUACAAUGCAGGAACUCCACUCGACAUAACCCGUCUUCAAGCACAUGAUCCCAACAAUUAUCCCGAUAAUUUACCUAAUUCACCAUUCCAUUUUACACCUACUUCACCAUUCGCACCAACUCUCAACGAAUCGCCAAAACCUUUAUCACCUCCAAAAAUAAAAUUAGCAAUGGAAUCACCUAAUAAAUUACGAUUGACUCCUUUAUUAGCUUUGAACGUGUGGGAACAUGCUUAUAUUAAAGAUUAUGGUUUGCAAGGUAAAGUAGAUUAUAUAGACAAAUUUUGGGAUGUUGUUGAUUGGAAUGUAAUGGAAGAAAAAUUUAUUGCACAUCAAAAUACUAAGCCACAACAACAUCAGUUUACGGGAGUCACUUCAUUGAAGUCACUUGAUAAACCUGUUAAAGGAGAAUGA